CAAAAUUUACAAAUCUCAAUAAGAUUGAGAGUAUUAUGUAUCAUAGAGAAAAAUAAGAUUCUUUUUGAAAAAUCAAAUAAAGUUGAGAUUAUUGUAAAAUAUUUUUCCAAAUAAAAAAAAAGAAUUUUGGUCCUUAUUCAGUCCACCUUUAUAGAGGUAGGAUUUAAAAGUAGUUUGCUGUUGAUUCAGGUUCUUCUGAGCUUGACUUCGUCCAUGGAGAUCGACGCAGCUCCCAUAAGCCGUUGUUCUAAAGAGCACCUGAGGAUCUAUAAGGAAUGGUUCUCAUGUGCCGAUUCAGAUGGAGAUGGACGCAUCACCGGUGGCGAUGCCACGAAAUUCUUCUCCUUGUCGAACCUUCCCCGCCAGGAUCUCAAGAAGGUAUGGGCAAUUGCAGAUUCAAAAUGGCAAGGUUAUCUAGGUUUUAAUGAAUUUGUGAUUGCUAUGCAGUUAGUGUCGUUGGCCCAAGCUGGACAAGAAAUCACCGUUGAUCUUUUGGAUGCAAAAGUUGACUUCAAAAACUUAGAGCCACCAAGGAUGGAAGGUUUGGAUACACUACUGGAACAGAAAAAUCAUGUGCCAAAAAGUGAACCCGAGCUGAAUGUCAGCCCUCUCAGACAAUCCUCCUCUCAAGCAGCUAGUUGGUUUCAGUCGUCAAAAUCUGCAAAGAAGGUCUCUUUAAGCUCUGUGACAUCAAUAAUUGAUGGAUUGAAAAAGUUAUACAUUCAGAAUCUGAAGCCACUAGAAGUUACAUAUCGCUUUAAUGAAUUUGUAUCUCCCUCAUUGACAAACAGUGACUUUGAUGCUAAACCGAUGGUGAUGCUUUUGGGUCAAUAUUCUACGGGGAAGACAACUUUUAUUAAGCAUCUGCUUAGGAGCAGUUAUCCAGGAGCUCACAUUGGGCCGGAACCUACAACAGAUAGAUUUGUUGUUGUUAUGAAUGGACCUGAUGAAAGAAGUAUUCCAGGGAACACAAUUGCCGUUCAAGCAGACAUGCCAUUCAGUGGUCUAACAACAUUCGGAACAGCAUUUUUGUCAAAAUUUGAAUGUUCUCAAAUGCCUCAUCCUCUGUUGGAGAACAUUACAUUUGUUGAUACUCCUGGAGUUUUAUCUGGAGAAAAGCAAAGAACACAACGGAGCUAUGACUUUACUGGUGUGACAUCUUGGUUUGCUGCCAAGUGUGACCUCAUCCUAUUGUUAUUUGAUCCUCACAAACUUGAUAUCAGUGAUGAGUUCAAACGUGUAAUUUCCUCUCUCCGAGGCCAUGACGAUAAGAUAAGGGUUGUUCUAAACAAGGCCGAUCAAGUUGAUACUCAACAACUUAUGCGGGUCUAUGGGGCAUUGAUGUGGUCCUUGGGCAAAGUCCUUAACACUCCCGAGGUCAUGCGUGUUUACAUUGGGUCAUUCAAUGACAAGCCUAUAAAUGAGGCUGCUACUGGUCCGCUUGGGAAAGAGCUUUUUGAAAAGGAACAAGAUGACUUACUGAGUGACUUGAGAGACAUACCAAAGAAAGCUUGUGAUCGCCGCAUAAAUGAAUUUGUGAAGCGUGCCAGAGCUGCCAAGAUCCACGCGUAUAUCAUCAGUCACUUGAAGAAGGAGAUGCCUGCAAUGAUGGGCAAAGCCAAAGCUCAACAGAGACUUAUUGAUAACUUGGCUGAUGAAUUUGCAAAGGUUCAGAGGGAACAACAUCUGCCUGCUGGGGAUUUCCCAAAUGUUGAACACUUCAAGGAAAUUCUGAGUGGCUACAACAUGGAUAAGUUUGAGAAGUUGAAGCCUAAAAUGGUACAAGCUGUGGAUGAAAUGCUUGGAUAUGACAUCCCUGAGCUUCUGAAGAAUUUCAGGAACCCUUAUGACUGAGACUGACUAGGCCACACCACAUCUCAGACUCUACCAGAGCUGUUAGCUGUUCAGGUGUAGUAAACACUACACACAGUA